AUGGCGGAUCCCAGAGCGAAGCUCGUGGAGGAGAUAUGCUCCGCCUCUUCCGCCACCGCCGCCUGCGCCCAUCGCCGCCGCAACGGGCGGAAGCCCGGCUUCGUCGACUGGUACCUCGUUCUUCAGGUACGCUCCCCCUCCAUCGCCGUUCUCUCUGCUCCGCAGGCCUCCUCUUUCUUUCUCGUCUUCUCAGCCGCUCUCAUGGCCAGUUGGAAGAGACCGCCGGCGCUGACAUUGUUCGCAGGCGGUACCGUCAUCUGGGUACGCCCCCACCCUCUCCCUUUUUCUUCAAGUUUGGGAGAUCGAUCUGUUGUUUGUUGUCUGUGUUUUUCUCAGCCCUGCAACUCCAUCCUGAUAAGAACGACCACCCCCAAGCCGAGACUGCCUUCAAGAUCGUCUUCGAGGUAAAACUAUUCUUCUUCCCUUCUGUAAACUGAUCGGAAGAUGAAGCGCCCAGUCUCCGCCGGUGAAUGGAGCUCGCUGCACCAGCAAUGCCCCUCACGGCGCCUCUGCUCUUCCUUCCGUUCGUCCCCAGGCCUACGCGUGCCUCUCAGACGAAGGGAGAAGAAGAGCCUUCGACUCCGACCGGCGGCGCAACGCCUGCCGAUGGUGCAACGGCAAGCUCCGCCGCCCGUCCUCCGACGGCGCCGGCGAGGAAAGAACCCGCAGGGCUCUUCAGGCCAUGAGAGAAGAAGUGAUGCAGAGACUGAGGGACGACACCAUGGUGAUCGAACACUGUCUACGAGCUCGUCGGCUGGUCCGAGAGGAGUCCCCCGUCUUCGACCCUACCGACCGCCUUCUCUUCCCGGAGUACCGGCGGCGACGCCACCGGACGCCGCCAGACGCCUGGUUCCUCCGUCCUCAACGCUUCCCUAGUUGCUACCAGAGCAGAAGAGCCGGCUGCGAGACCCCACUCUACGAAUUUGCAUCGGCAAGCUCCACCGAGCACCCCAGUUCCAGAUUUUGA